AUGCCUUGGAAGUAUGGCAGUGCAGGAGCACAAACAAAUGGAGGUGCUGUAGAUGACACACGGUUGGCUUUCGAGUCACGCCCGGGCGGGUGCAGUGGGCAUGUCGAUAAGGACUUCGCCAUUAUCAGUGGGGGAGAAUGUCACGGAUCGCACAUAAGUGAGUGCUAUCGUGAUUCCGAAGUUGACAGUGUAGUGGGGCACGUCGACGAGGACGUCGACACUAUUAGUGGGGGAGAAUGUCACAGGUCGCACAUAGACAAGUGCUACCGUGACUCCGUUGGGACAUCUAUGCGCUUAAGAGGUAGUCUAAGUGUGAAAGGGCGAGAGCUUAUUGGUGUUGGCCGGGUUGCAUUUGUGAAAGGGUAUUUUAGGUAUUUCUGA